GCCCAGGGGGCGGGGCAGAGCUGCAGGAGCCUCGGCCUCCUCCAGGCCCCCGGCGCGGCUCCCAUGCGGCGCCCCGAUUGACACCUGAAGUCCGCCGAUCGCCGUCCUCCGGGGGACCGCCGCGUCGCCCGGCCCGCCGCCCUUGGCGGUUGACGUCGUGGUGGUGCGGGCCCGCGGCGGCUGCCCAUGGAGAAGGCCGGACGGGACUGGCAGAGUGCCCCGCGGGGGCCCGUGCUGCACAUCGUGGUGGUCGGCUUUCAUCAUAAGAAGGGCUGCCAGGUGGAGUUCUCCUACCCGCCCCUGAUCCCAGGAGAGGGGCACGAUAGUCACACUGUACCUGAAGAAUGGAAGUACUUGCCCUUCCUUGCCUUACCGGACGGCGCCCACAACUACCAGGAAGAUACUGUGUUUUUUCACUUGCCACCCAGAAAUGGAAGUGGAGCCACUGUAUAUGGUAUCUCUUGCUAUCGACAGAUUGAAGCCAAGGCAUUGAAAGUACGGCAAGCGGAUGUCACCAGAGAGACGGUGCAGAAGAGUGUCUGCGUGCUCAGCAAGCUGCCCCUCUAUGGCCUACUUCAAGCAAAACUUCAGCUCAUCACACAUGCGUAUUUUGAAGAGAAGGAUUUUUCCCAAAUUUCCAUUCUAAAGGAACUCUAUGAGCAUAUGAAUAGUUCCUUGGGAGGAACGUCGCUGGAAGGGUCCCAGGUUUACCUUGGUCUGUCUCCUCGAGAUCUUGUGCUUCAUUUUCGACACAAGGUCUUAAUUCUGUUUAAAUUAAUUCUCCUUGAAAAAAAGGUUCUCUUUUAUAUCUCUCCAGUGAAUAAAUUGGUGGGAGCCCUCAUGACUGUGUUAUCCCUUUUUCCAGGCAUGAUCGAGCAUGGUCUCAGAGACUGUUCUCAGUACAGACCCCGGAAGAGUACGUCUGAAGAUGCUGGGCUUCAAGAAAACAAUCCCCCUGCAGAUGAUUUUGUUUCCAUGUCUGCUUUUAACAUUUCAAAUACCAACUCAGAAGCUGUCAAGAAAAUCGUGAUGGGAAACCAUGGAGGAGAUGCUGCCAUCAAGACUGAAGAGCCUUUGUUCCCAGCAGAAGACAGCAGCCAAGGACAGGAACUCCGUGACAGCAAUCAAUAUUUGAAACCUCCUUCUCGGCCAUCUCCAGAGUCUUCAGAAAGUGACUGGGAGACCUUGGACCCUAGUGUCUUAGAGGACCCUGCCUUGAAAGAAAGGGAGCAGGUGGGGUCGGAGCAGACAAACUCAUUCCCAAAGGAGCUGGUGCCCUCGGACAGCCCUCCAAUCACCGUGCAGCCUCAAGCCAGCACGGGCCAGGCGGUCCUGGUACCCGGGCUCAUUUCCGGUUUGGAAGAGGACCAGUACGGCAUGCCGCUGGCCAUCUUCACAAAGGGCUAUCUGUGCUUGCCUUACAUGGCAUUGCAGCAGCAUCACCUUCUCUCUGAUGUCAGCGUUCGGGGAUUUGUUGCUGGAGCUACUAACAUCCUUUUUCGACAACAGAAACACCUCAGUGACGCCAUUGUGGAAGUAGAAGAAGCUCUGAUCCAGAUCCACGACCCAGAACUCAGGAAGCUGCUCAACCCCACCACAGCCGACCUCAGGUUUGCAGACUACCUGGUGCGGCACGUGACUGAGAACCGGGAGGACGUCUUCCUGGAUGGCACGGGCUGGGAGGGUGGUGACGAGUGGAUCCGAGCCCAGUUUGCAGUCUACAUCCACGCCCUGCUGGCCGCCACGCUGCAGUUAGAUAAUGAAAAGAUGCUCGCAGACUAUGGGACAACCUUUGUCACAGCGUGGAAGAACACUCACAACUACAGAGUCUGGCACAGCAACAAGCAUCCGGCACUGGCCGAAAUAAAUCCGAACCAUCCUUUUCAAGGCCAGUACUCGGUGUCAGACAUGAAGUUAAGAUUCUCACAUUCUGUUCAAAACAGUGAACGUGGCAAAAAAAUUGGCAACGUCAUGGUCACCACCAGCCGGAAUGUUGUGCAAACAGGAAAAGCUGUUGGCCAGUCUGUGGGAGGAGCUCUCUCCAGCGCGAAGACGGCCAUGUCUUCGUGGCUUUCCACCUUCACCAGCUCCACCGCCCAGAGCCUCACAGAGCCGCCCGGCGGGAAGCCCUGAGCAUGGCGUCCGGAGGCCGCUGCUGCUUGCUAGGGCCGAGUGUUCCCUGACUGCUGCCCCCAAGCCUGUUCUUCCUCCUCGACCACAGGGCCACCGCAGGGGACCGAUGUGUCAGACUGUUUACAUGGACGGCCGCCCUCUGUCUGAAAGAAUGUCACAGGACGCUGCAAAGAUGAAACCACAACCAUGGCAGGGACGGCCGUCAGGUUGGCGUUUCCAUUGACUACUUUUAUUUCAGUCUGAGCCUGAUUAAAACACACAGUGUCCCUUCUAAUGGUUUUUCAAGUUCUGAUAGUCUACAUUUGUUUACUUUAGGAAAGUUUACUUCUGUAAAUUUUGUUCUGUUUUGCUGUUUGAAUAGCUGGAUGGUUACUGUAAUUUAUUAGUACUGAAUUGUCAUAGUAGGAUUUUAAUUUCUCUACAGUUGGGCCUCAAAUGUGCUUAUAAAGUUAAGGGGCAUGCAAUCAAACCCUUCGUUCUUAUUUUGCAGAGUUAUACAAUGAUUUUUCUUGUUUUGUUGUUGUUGUUGUUAGUUGGCUUUCUACCUACAAACUCUCAGCUCACUUCCUCCUGGUGGUGGUUCUGAGAUGCGAACAUCAUAGGUGGUGGUUCUGAGGAGCUGGUGUUUCGUUUUCUGUUUAGUUUCUUCUCUCUCAACCUUAAACACUGGCUCCCCAGCGUCGCAUGUCACUGCUUUCCUUCUCUUCUCAUUGUUCAGGCAGGUGUGCGGAGGAAUAGCAGAGUGACAGGCACCGCAAUGUUGGAACAGCUGAACAUGAAUAAGUAUCCAAGGCAAGACUUUAGAAGACGUAGGUGUUAGUUCUGUAGCUCUAAUCAUGUCGCAAUCUUUUACAAGCAUCUUUAACCCAAAGUUGGUGCCUUCUCUUUCUUCUUUUGAAUGGUUUUCCAUUGGGUGUUUACAGACCUACAGGUUUUUUCUUAGUCUUUAUUCUUCAGAAAGCCUUCCAAGGCCCUUGGCCUUCCCAUUUCCUAAUGGAAAAUCCUCCUGUAUUCAACCCCGUCUAAAAGUAUUUUUCAAAGGAAAGCAAGAUGAUCUGUAAAUAUUAAACAGAAAUCUCAGCUCACAUGUAGGAAGGCAAGAAGCAGGACAAGAAAACUACAGCCAUGACAUCAGCCAUGUUUCAUGAAGGACAUCUGGUUUCACAUCAGACACCUGCACGUGCGUGUCUGCUGAAGAUUUUUACACAGCUGGACCUCGCAUCUGCCAGGCCCAGUCUCAUUUGCUUUUCCUGGGGACAUGGGGUGGGUGUUCUCAGGGAGCACUUACAGAGGAGAGACUGCUUUUUCAGUACACCCUCUUGGUGAGUGUAAUCUACAUAUGAUGUAAAGAGUACAGGGAAAUGAGGGGCCUAAUCAAGGUUGUAUUUGAUUUAUCCCUUAGGAAAUGUUUGUGUCAUGUAAAUCCUCCUAGGGCAUGUGAAAUGGUCAUAGGGACAUCAUCUAUAUAUCCCUAAAUUUUCCAGUUUGCAUUUCAGCACAAGUCCAGCAAAUCUAAAAGCAUACUUCCACUUGAGCAUAAUUACUCCGGUGAAGGAAGGAGACUUGACUUGGGAUGGUGAAUACACAAUCCAAUACACAGAUGAUCAUUAUAGAAUUGUACACUUGAAACCUAUAUAAUUUUAUUAACCAAUGUCAC